AUGACCAUCAACGUGGCCUCUGCAACUUCGACACUCAAAGGGGUCAAUCCGCAGUCUCGUGUGCUCAAGCUCGAAAGCAACGACGUCUCUUCUCAACGUUUCUUGAGAGCGGCAACGGCCCAAGAGAGAAAGCUUGGUAUUAGUUUGUCAGGACUUGAACAAGCCGCAAGCAGUACAAAAACCUGGGCGGCCAAACUCAUACAGAAGCUCCAGUUAAAGUGGUGGCAACUGCGCAAGAAGUCCCCAAAUGAUGUAUUUACGAAGCUAAAGCUUCAACAGGCUGGAACUAAUCUAUUCGAGAGCCCAGGGUUCUCUAAAUGGGUCACGUACGUCACAAAGAACAGUAACGAGGCUCCGGAGAUGGCGAUCUUUUCGACUUUGGCUUUCCACUACUCCGACGACGCAUUGGCCAGGAUACUACUUACGGCUAAAGAAACGGACAGCACGAAAGAUCUUGCAACUAAACUGGAGGGACUUCAGCUAAAGAGUUGGGCUGACGCUGGCAAAACUCCAGACAAUGUUUUCAAGUUUUUAUCGCUUGAGAAGGCGGGAACAAAGGCCUUUGCAAACCCUCAGUUUGCCAGGUGGACUGACUUCAUCAGCCAAUCAAAGACGCAAAACGCAGAUAUGGCUAUGUACAUCACGUUGAGAACUCACUACAGCGACGAGGCUCUGGCCAAGAUGUUCGCGGCAGCUAAAGAAGUCGAGAGUACUAAAACACUAGCCACUAGAAUGGAGGGAAUCCAGCUUACUAACUGGGUCCAUGCUGAAAAAUCCCCUGACUACGUAUUCAAGACUCUGGCACUCGAUAAGAUGGGAGCAAAAGGCUUUGAGAAUCCUCAGUUUGCCCGGUGGACCGAGUUCAUUACUAAAGCCAACACGAAAGACCCCGAAGCAGCCGUUUAUGCCACUUUGGGAGCCCAUUACAGCGACGAAGCGCUGGCGAAGAUGCUUGCGGCGGGUAUCAAGGUUGAAAGUACGGAAAAUCUGGCCGCUAAUCUGCGUAUACUGCAGUUCAAAGAAUGGGUCAGCCAAGGCAAAACUCCCGAAAGUGUUAACGCUAUGCUGGGCCUGGCAACCAACACCGACGAUCUGACUAAGAAGGUAUCGCGAGAUUUCGAGGUAUUCUAUGGCAAGAUCCCGGCAAUCGAUAGAGCCGGCCCUUCCUCGCCAACCGUAUAG